AAACGGAUUUCAUAGGUCCCGAAGCGCCACCUGUUGGUCAAAGUGUCAUAUUUAAUGAUUCAAAUGUUAGAUGUUAUAUUGAGUGAAAUAUUCAUGUCAUUUGUAUGAUCUUUGUGUGCUUGUGUUUGAAGGGUGUGGUUCUGGGCUGUUUCUUCGGCCCGGCUGCGCUGUAUAUUUGGGCCAUCGGGAUCCUCGCCGCUGGGCAGAGUUCAACCAUGACCGGAACCUACUCGGGUCAGUUUGUGAUGGAGGGCUUCCUGAACCUGCGCUGGUCCCGCUUCGCUCGCGUGCUGCUGACGCGCUCCAUCGCCAUCUUCCCCACGCUCCUGGUGGCCGUCUUCCAGGACGUGCAGCAUCUCACCGGCAUGAACGACUUUCUGAACGUGCUGCAGAGCAUGCAGGUACACACAUGCUCCGGCAGCUCUCCAGGGGCGCUCAUGAGCUGUGAUCAGCGGUGGAUGACGGUUGGGUGUUGUGUUUGCAGAGUGUGGAAGAUCGGCGGGGGUCUGCUCAUCCUGGUGGUGUGUGCCAUCAACAUGUACUUUGUGGUGGUGUAUGUGACGGCCCUCAACAGCACCGUCCUCUACGUCUUCUCUGCCCUCCUCUCCAUCGCCUAUCUCAGCUUCGUCUGCUACCUG